AUGAGUUUCUUUGUUUGGAGACUGUGGCAAGCCAAAUUGCCUCUAGAUGACACUUUAAAAAAGUGGGGAUUCCAGUUUGCAUCCAGAUGUAGUUGUUGUCAGACACCUCAGGAGGAAACAAUUGCACAUGUGUUCUUAAGAUCAGAAGUGGCACAACAGAUUUGGAAGCAUUUUAGUGGACCAGCAGGUAUUAAGAUUGAAAGAUUACAGUUGUCUCAAGUUAUUACAGCUUGGUGGGAAGCAUCUGUAAACCAUCACAUUAAAAUAAUCUAUCAAGCUGUGCCAAUUGUUAUUGUUUGGGAACUUUGGAAGAGGAGAAACACUUUAUUGCGUGGUGGAAAGUUGUCCGUGAAUAGCUUAAGGUAUAAGAUUAUGCAUUCCAUUAUACUAUUUAUGAAGGCAAGAAGGAAGAAUUUCAAGUAUGCUCCUUAUAAUUGGGUUGAUUUAUUGAAAGCAUUACAUACUUAUACUCCCAAGCUGAGGAUUACUCAGGUAUGUUGGAGACCUCCGGAUAUAGGUUGGAUGAAAUGCAAUACUGAUGGGGCAUCAAGAGGUAACCCUGGCAGAAGCUCAUGGAGUUUUUGUUUGAGAAAUGCUAAUGGAGAUCUGGUAUUUGCUCAGUCUAAGGAAAUGAAAGAAGGCAAUUUUUCUAAUACUGAGGCUGAAGCAAAAGCCAUUCUGCAGGCUUUGAGACACAUGGAGAUAAAUCAGAUGGUUGUGGAAAAUGACUCCAUGUUGAUGAAAAAUGUAAUGGAGAAGAAAUGGCACAGCCCUUGGCAGAUCAUUAACACAGUGGAGGAAAUUUGGAGGAUUAUGAGUGAAAGAACUAUUUUGGUUUCUCAUGUGUUCAGAGAGGGGAAUAAACUUGUUGAUUUUCUAGCAAAUUUAGCUCUAGACAGAGGAGAUUACACUGCUAAUAGCUUUCAGGAUCUGGUAAUAUGGGGAAGGAAGCUUAUUAACAGUGACAAAAGCAAUAUACCAUAUUUUAGAAUCAGGAACUGUAAAGGAUGA